ACGAAGCCGUCGGCUAAUACUCACAUAGAGGUAGAGAGAGAAGAGGAGUGUGUGGUUGGUUCAGGGAGAGAGAGAAAGUAUAGAGAGAGGGAGAGAGAGAAACAAUGGAGGUGUUGGAGAGAGAAGUAGGGUUUCGAACUUCAAGACCCUAAAACUACUCUGUUUCAUUCUCCCUUCUGAUUUUUUUGUUCGUGUUCUCUUCAUCGCCGUUUCAUUUCUUGUAACUUUCACUCUACGUCUACAAUUUCGGGUUUUCCGGGGAUACCAUGCCGUUUGUUUUCUGAAAAAACUUCAUCUUUCCGAGUUUUUCUGUUUGUACCACCGUUUGAUUCCCCGAGACUUCUCUCUCUUGUCGGCGGAAAUUCCGUUUUCUUAGGUGACACAAGGGACAAAUGACCGUUUGAACCUUUCCAAUCUCGGGUGUUCCCGAUUUCGCCCUCACCUUCGCUCUUAAAAAACUCUGUCUUCCUCUUCAUCGACUCAAUCAGAUGUAGUUUGCUGAUGCUAUUCAGCGAUUGUGAGAAUACUAGAUAUGUCAAGUUUGGGAUUUUCUGCUAAUUGGGGGAGAUUCUAUUUUCAAUUACGGAUUUGAGUUUGAUUAAUCGUUGACUAAAAUUUUGUGCUUGUUUUAAAGGGGAACUCGGUAGGUGGACGAGUGACUGUAAAAAAGCUUUCUUCAGAACUAUUGCUGAGAUUAUUGAUUGGGUUGUGUUAAAUGUUAAAUUUCUUAUUUACCAACAAAAAAUUGUUAAUUUUCUUCCUAAAUUUGGCAUUUUUUUGUUCUUAUUAGUAUUAACGCUUAAAUUGGGUUUUUUGUGCUAAUUGAAGAAACUUCCAUGUUCAAUUAUGGGUUUGAAGUUGGAUUAAAAGUGCUACUUAAAAGUGUGUGAGUGCUUUUAAAGGACAACUAUGUGUGCUUGAUGAAAGCUUUCCCUAUUGAUAGGUGAGAUUAGUCAUUGAGUUGCAUUAGAAUAUCUUCCAAAAUUUGGUUUAUUUGUGUUGGUGUCAUCUUCUGAGACAGUGGUUAGUGCAAUUGGCAGGAACCACUUGCAUCCCUUCUGUUUUUGGUCUCAAUUCUUUCACCCCUUGAACUUAUUUCCUUUUACAAAAAUGGCUGUUUCUUUGACUCGAUUUUCGUGGUGGUUGUGGAGCGGGAAAGGCAAGGAGCCUCUUUCUAAUGGGUCUUCCCUGAAUCCUUCUUCGGAUCGGGGUAAGGGUAUGAGGGAAGUUGAUAAUGUGAAGUUUCCUUCGGUCAAAGGGGCGAUGAUUGCCGCCCCUCGGACCAGAAAGGUUGGGAGGAAAUGGCAAAGCAGGGAAGAAAGGAGAAUUAAGUCCAUAGACAAGGAUUAUGAUGCUGUGUUGGUGCCAUCAGAUGGGGUUUGUUUGUCGGGGUCGGAAUCCGAUGACUCGGACUGGUCGAUUGGGUGGCUGGAACCACAUGCCCCUGAUUUCCAGAGUGAUGAUGAGGGAGAUGAUAGUUUUGCUGUUUUGGUUCCUUGUUAUAGGCAUGACUGUAAGGAGUUGGAGGAGGGGCCGAGUAGUCAUUUCUUGAGUGCUAUGAAGAAUCUGUCAAACGAGUAUGGUGGAAAAUCAAGUUUGUUCCGUUUCGACUGUGUUAUAGGACAAAGAUUUGCCAACCUUGUUGAGUUCUGUAUGUUGUGGUUGCAUUUGCAGAUGGCAAGUAUGUGGAGCAGUGGCUAACUUCUCUCCAAUAUAGCUGAAGCACACUAAUCGGGGUUGUCCUUGCUGAAGAUUAGAGUAUGUUAUCAUGAAAACUAUGAAUCUUCAAGGGCAAGAAUCAACUUUAAAAUACCAAAAAGGAGAAAGAAAAACAAGUGCAGAGGAUUAACAGCUGCCGAAUCUAGUUGCCAGUAUUUGAGAAAGCAGAGGGUUUGCAUCUUUGAGUAGCCAUGGGAAGAAGACAAAAAUAUAUCUUGGCGUUUCGCAUUCUGCUAUGAUUUUUGGUAGAUAACGUUAUGUUUUGUUAUUCAGGAUAUUGGGAAAAAUUUGGGAUUUGGUCAAGCAUUACAAACAAAAAAAUUGAACUUGUUAUGCAGAGAUUCUUUUCUGUAAAUUCUGCUUCUGUGAAUACUGAAUAGAUUAUGCAUGUUCUUGCUA